CAUUCAGUGGGAUUAUUCAAGAUGGUGGCGUUUGACAGACGGAUCUAGAACAGUUCUUGGAUUGGUCCACUUUGAUGGGUUUAUAUUGGCAACCUGAAUCCCCUGUUAAUGGAGAUUGGUACAUUCCCAGCCAUGGCCUUCAGCAAUAUAUUCAAGAAGGCAUCAAGUCUGCUGGGAAUUGGGGGUGACGCUCUGAAGCCUCCACCCCUAGAUGGGGAAAUUAUCUACUGUAAGAACAAUGUGUGUGUCCAUCCUCCAGCUCCCCUCUCACUGGAUGCAGAGCAUUAUCCAGGAUACCUCACUCUCCGAGCACAUGAAGACAAGGCAAGUGGACCAACUUUAAUUCUUACCUGGAUACCAAAUGCAACACUGAAAAAGAACCCAAGGAGUAUUGAAAACAGCCCCAACAAGUCAAAGGGCAAUACACCCCGUGCCAGUCCAAGACGAACACCCAAGCAAGAGUUUGCCAAACUUGACCAUGGUUCCCAGCUCACCCCAUCUCCCAGUGAGUCGCAGUGUGACUCAGGCAUUCUGGGAGGAUCAGACAUUUUCGAGCGUCUUGAGCGGUCCCUACCUCGUAGAAAGAAGCACAGUACAGACAACACAAGUUUGAGCUCUGAGAUAUCGGUUGGAUCUCGAGAUGACAGUGUUGAGAGCUGGAACCCAAGUGAGGAGUUCACACGGGAUGGUCAUCGUCUCAGCACAAGCAACAAAUCGCAAACAGAUUCAGGCAUUGGACCAGAAGAGAUUAUGACAAGUCAGGGUUACGUGCAGAAUAAUGAGAAGUCACUGCCAAUUGGAACAAAACCAAACAAGGUUGGAAUUAAUGUUAAUGAUCUGCAUACCGAAAAAGGAAAGAGUAAUAUGGAACAAAGAAAUCUCAUGAAUACCACUGUGAAGGAGGAGGAAAUCUCUUCUCCUGAUAGUGAUGGACUUACAUCAGAAGAACAACUGGCAGCCAUGUUGAAACGAAAUAAACUUCAUACAAAAGCCAGAGAGAGAACAGACUCCAAUAAAUCUGUCAGUAUUGAAAUGGAUGGGGAUAAGUUGGUUGUUGUUACAGAAGAAGUUGGUGAUGAUGCAUUUGUUGAUAAGAAUACUGAUCUUUCGGAGAGGAAUCUCAACAAGAAUGAGAGCAAGUUUGACACUAGCAGCUCCCCUUCCACUGAUGUGGAUUCUGCCAGUCUUAGUUCAGAUUCCACCCAUCCUUCCCCUUCAGGGGCCCAUUAUGAAACUAUGCUGUCUGAACUGAAAAAGGACCUUGAAUCACAAAAUGGUUUAAAAUCUGAAAUCCUACAGGUUAUGCCCACUGUGAGUAAAAUUCCCAACGAACUUGAUUUGAGUGGGUUUACUCACCCCCCACCAAAUACCCCGAUGCUUACUCCUGAUAUUUCUGUUACACGGUGUCGGAACACAUCUUCCUCUUCCACAACGACUUCUGGGCCUGAUUCACGACCUCCAAGUCCGUACACGUCUGAUGACUCCGCCCCCAACUCACCUGGUAAGGAGUACUCUUCUUCCAGCUCCUCUGCCAGUGUGUCCCACAAUCUCACCUUCCCAGAAAACUCAGUGGUGUAUGCUAGUAAUCGGAAAGAAAAGAAAUCAGCCAAAGAACAAAUCUGUGGAGUCUUCUCAGUUGAUUUAGGUCAGAUGCGGUCUCUGCGGCUGUUCUACAGUGACAAGGAGUGUACCCGGGGCCAAGUGGUCAUAGCCAGCAGGGAGAGCCAGUACAAGAUCCUCCACUUCCAUAACGGAGGCUUGGAUAAGCUGGCUGAGAUCUUCGAGGACUGGAGCUUGUUUGCCAAGGCUAAGGACAAGGUAUCAAAACGAAAAGUGAAGGAAGGUGAGACCCCUUACCGCCAGUUCCUCAUUGUGAAGCCCCAGAUCACUGACGACCAGUGCCACCCUGAAGAGGGUGUGUAUGCCACAGUCACUGAGGAGAUCUGGAGGGUGCACAUGAACAGGGAAGGCAUCAUUGAGGAUGACUAUCAGCUGAGGAAGGCUAUAUUUUUUGGUGGCCUUGAUCCGCUGUUACGUCACGAGUCCUGGCCUUAUCUCCUCCACUACUUCCCCUAUGACUCAAGUUUCGAUGAACGGGAACAAAUCCGCAAUGACAAAUUCAUUGAGUAUCAAAAUAUUAGAAAAAUGAGAGAGUCGAUGACAUUCGAGGAACAGCAGCAGUUCUGGAGGACAAUCCAAUGCACUGUGGAGAAGGAUGUGGUGCGAACAGACCGAAGCCACCCUUACUUCCGCGGGGAUGACAACCCCAACAUUGAAGUGCUCAAGAACAUCCUCCUGAACUACGCUGUGGCCAAUCCCUGGAUGGGCUACACUCAGGGCAUGUCAGACCUGUUGGCGCCAGUGUUGGCUGAGGUGCAGAACGAGGUUGAUGCAUACUGGUGCUUUGUCGGACUCAUGCAGAGGACCAUCUUUGUCAGUUCUCCCCGAGACAGCGAUAUGGAUAAGCAGCUGAACUACUUCCGUGAGCUGCUACGUUUGAUGGAGUUCAAGUUCUUUGCUCACCUGGUGAAGUUGGGGAGUGAUGCCAUGGAGCUGCUGUUUUGUCAUAGGUGGAUCUUGCUGUGCUUCAAGCGUGAGUUCCCUGAGUGUGAUGCUCUGAGUAUCUGGGAGGCUUGCUGGUCCCACUACCAGACUGACUACUUCCACCUGUUCCUCUGUGUGGCCAUCGUGUCCAUAUACGGGGAUGAUGUUAUAGAACAGAACCUGCCUGCUGAUGAGAUCCUCCUCCACUUCAGCAGCCUUGCUAUGCACAUGAAUGGAGAUCUUGUCCUCAGGAAGGCCCGUGGUUUACUGCACCAGUAUCGGAAGAUGAGGAAGAUCCCGUGCAGCCUGUUUGGUCUGUGUUCUCGCUGUAGCCCCGGGAUGUGGGACAGUGGUCACGUGCCCACUGUGGAGUGUGUGGGGCACCGGGAGGGAGAGGAAUGUCUCUAUCAAAGUCAGCCCAGCACACCAGUUACCCCCACACACUGAGGACACCUGCUCGUUAUAGUCUGGAUACACAGAGCAAACACAGUACUAACAACACACAUACGACAGUAGUGUUACACUAGGUUUCAGUAAUGAUUGAUGGUAACGUCUUCUCUCUUUGGUGUUCAAAAUGCCUUAGUUGUUCUCACACUACAGGCAUCUUCUAUGCAUUCAUUAAGAGGUGGGCAUUUUCUUACACCCCGCUAUAAGCAUGUUUCAGGGAUGGCUGUAACAGGUAUUGAACAAGUUCUGUAGGCAUUAAGACAUUGGGCUGUUCAGCUGAAUCUUCCUCACUCUCUUCAUCCUUUAUCAUGAUAUUAAUUUCAUAAUCCACCAUCAAUUAUGGUUACAGGUGUAGUAUUACCGGAGCUGUUCUGAUUGUAUUACUGAUGCACAUACCUACAGGGUAGCUAUAACAGUCAUCACACAUUGACCCAGUUAUAUUUUUAAAGGGUAUAUACAUGGAGUUAAGAUAGAGCAACCGGUAUAUGUGUUGGCUUGAUGUACGUGGAACAGUAUUGUGGGUUUGACAGACUUGAUGGAGCAUGGACAAAAAAGACCGAUUCCAAAUACUAUAUCACUGUUAGAAUAUUGUUCUUCCAAAAUAUCCUCCACAUCAUUUUGACAUCUGUUGAUGUCUCCAUUAGUGAUUGUGUGUCUGGUGUUAGUAUCUUUUUACAGUACCUGAUGUGUUUGCAGUGCUUUAAGUUAUAUGUAGACAGAACUGCAAUGCCUGUAGUUUAGACAGGGAAUUUAAGCCAAGGCUCUUGUUACAUAUGGCAGGGAUUGAUGCAGACUUUAUAUCAUGGUUGUAACCAAUGCCAAAGUGGUUGUUCAGGUUGUUUAAUCAUUUACAAAUUGUGUAAGUAUUUACAUUUCACAGUGUUUCACUGAGAGUAGGAUUACAAGUGAAUAUUAAAGAAAAGCAUGUUCAAGCAGUGUUUAAAACUCCCAAAACUUCAAGCCAGACAGCCAGCCUGGUAACCAGACCAGCGGACA